CUCCAGGACAAACGAGGGCAGCAUUGAGAAAACAUGUUUUCCUUUGGUGCCUCGAAAAACAUGGCGUCUCCCGUGGUGUUUGGACGUGAAGCACUCUGUCUGGCAAGGAUACUGACAGGAAUAUCACAUUUGGGACCGAGAGCUUUGGGCGCCUGUCCAGGACACAAGAAAUGUAAUAUAAUCCGGUCUCGUCAACCGUUGACACCAAGCACUUCCUUCCACACAGCAACAGUGUUUUCAUCAACACCUUCACCAAUCACUGUCACAGAAGAGCCUGACACGCUGUUUCAGAAGGUGUCAGUGCUGGUCAAAGGUCAUGACAGGGCCGUCUUGGACAGCUAUGAGUUCUUUGCCACCUUGGCAGCUAAGGAGCUGGACAUCAACAUCGGCAAAGUUUUUGAACCUGCCAAGGAGAUGGAGAGGUUGACGCUCUUAAAGUCAGUCCACAUCUUCAAAAACCACAGGGUCCAGUAUGAAAUGAGGACACACUACCGGUGCAUUGAGCUGUCUCAUAUAACAGGCUCCACAGCAAAGGUGUACCUUGAAUACAUCCAGAGGAACCUCCCUGAAGGUGUAGCCAUGGAGGUGACAAAGACUGCCAUGGAGAAGAUCCCAGAUCACAUUAGUGAACCCAUGAGUGACAACCUCACCGACGACAAGCCCAGCCAGUGAAACAAGUCUCUUCUCAGACAUCAAUGAAUAUGUUGACAUUAAGAAAGUGACACAGAGGUGACAUGAGCUCGUCAUGGACUUCUGAACUGUUCAAGUCAUCAGAGACAUUAUCAUCGAUAUAAAGUUGAACAGCACAGUAAAAGGUCUACGUCAACAACAGCAUUCCUUGUGUCAACUUGUAACUUCAUUUCCUAGUUGUGUGUUUUUCUUUUCUGUGGAUUCAGUUGUUUUUUGCCCAAUAAAUUGACAAACUCUGCAUUUAA